AUGCUAAGGUUUGUCAGAAGUAUUUCAGGCGUGAGCUAUAAAAUGAAACCCAUUACUUCUGCUGGGUGCCUUAUAAUUGGGGAUGAAGUCCUUAAUGGUAAGAUUCACGAUACCAAUUCCUUCAAGUUUGCUAAAUUUUGUUUUGACGAGCUAUCCAUACCUUUAAAGAAAACGAUUGUUUGCAGCGACGACAAGCAAGAUAUUGCAAAUUGUAUCAAGAUAUUGAAUAAAGAAUGUGACAUGAUAGUGACGAGUGGUGGCAUAGGGCCAACCCACGAUGAUGUGACUUACGAAGCACUUGCGGAUGCGUAUGAUGUUCCAUGCGAAUUAGAUAAGGAAGUUGUAGAGAGAAUGAGCAAGUUAAGAGGGGAUUAUUUGAAGACAUUGAGUCUGCCACAAUUAGAAGCUUUUCAUAAGAUGGCCACACUCCCAGAAUGCAAAAAUUCUAGUUUGUGCAUUGAGAAAGUAUUCGUAGACGAUUCUUUAUGGGUUCCUGUAAUAGGUAUUGAUGAAAAAGUAUAUGUUUUACCUGGCGUACCAAAAUUAUUUGAUAGGUUAUUGAAAGGAUUAGGGAAACAUAUAAUGCCAAGAGUAGUUGGAACGGGAUUGACCCGUUAUUUUGUCAAAACAAGCACAAAGGAAAGUGAACUUGCUCCAUUUUUGACUGCUCUUCAAAAGAAAUGUGAUGAAAAUUUUGAUAAAAGUGUUAAGUUAGGAUCUUAUCCUCAUAUGGAGUGGAAUGUUAAUACUGUAAGUAUAAUUGGUAAUAGUAAGAUCAAGAGCAGUGAACUAAGGGCUAUAGUUGAAGAGAUCCUUGCCAAAGUAGGUGGCGAUGCCAUAGAGAUAACUCCACAGGAUGAAAGUAAGCUUAUUUCUGAGGGACCCCUGCCUAAAUGA